UGGGCAGUACCUGACCUCUGAUGGAGCUCCGGGCUGCCUGGGCAGCCCCUGCGGUGGGAGGACUGAGACCUGAGAGCCCCAGGAGAGGUGACCCACACAGGGACACUCCAGGAGCAAAGGGGAGGAGCCGUGAGAAGAGACCCAGCAUGCAGCAUCCCCAGUAAACCAGGACCUCGGGAAGGUGGGGGCUGUCUGGCUCCCUCGUGCCCUGCCUGGGCCCUGCCCAAGCUGAACCUAGGAGCAGCUGCUGUCCGUCUUCCCUGCUCCCCAUGGCGCCGCUACUUGCCCUGUUCCUGAUGGCCCUAGUGGGCCUGCCUCUAGCGCAGGCUCUGGACUGCCACGUGUGUACCUACAACGGGGAGAACUGCUUCAACCCCAUGCGCUGCCCGGCCAUGGUCUCCUACUGCAUGACCACGCGCACCUAUUAUACUCCAACCAAGAUGAAAGUGAGCAAGUCUUGCGUGCCCAGCUGCUUCGAGACCGUGUACGAUGGCUACUCCAAGCACGCAUCCACCACGGCCUGCUGCCAGUACGACCUCUGCAACGGCGCUGGCCUCACUGCCCCCAGGCCCCUGGGCCUGGCUCCCGUACUCCUGGCCACCUUCUGGCGUCUGCUCUGAAGCUCUGGGCCCCAGCAGAUGCGUUGAGGCCCAGCACUCAAGAGACCCAGCCUGCACACCCUCCCCUGCACACCACACUGCGCUUCGGCCUCCCACCCCUCAGCCACACCCAGGGCCCAGGACUGUCUGUAGGAGGACUCCUGACUGCCACCCCGGGCGCCUCCCUCAGGGCUGUGACCUUCUGUUUCCCGAAAGACUGGUGGGGCCCAGACCUCCUAGAAGCUCUGGCCUUGGUGGUGAACUCGCUGCACCCCAUCCAGGGGUAGGGCACCUGGCAGAAUGCUGUUUGGGGAGGGAGGAGGCAUCGGGGCCCAGUGAUACUCAUGUGAUGCUAAGUGUGGCCAGCCCCUCUCUGGGCAGCUCCAGAGGGAGGUCCUUCCUGAGCUGCCCAUGGGUGUGCCACGGGAGGAGCCGUCCUGGGAGGAAGGGCGCUCUCUUCCUGGCAGAGCUUCCUCUGUCCUCUGCUGAGGCCAGGGACUGCCCAGGGCAGGGUCGGAUGAGAGCCAGUCUGUCCCAGAAUACCCACCAGCCUUGGCUUCAAUAGGCCCCAAAAGCCUCUGAGACCUCACAGACUUCUCCAGGUCAACCAAGGGGUCCCUGCCCUCUCACUUGGCCAAAUCCCUUGACUGUCCCCUCCCCCCACCUACUGGCACUGAAUGGGUGUCCUGAGCCUCAGGACAGCGGGGACGUGGGGACAGGUGGGCUGUGCUAUAUUUGGGACAGUCUGAGCUCUGACCAGGGCCAGGGCUAUUCUGGGCAGGGAAAGAAGAGGGCCAGGAGGCCUGGGGGGUGGGACAGAUGAGAGGGUACAGGGGCGCAUCACAGGUCAGGCCUCCAGGGAGGAGCAGGCAGAUGCUGGGGUGUGGGGGACAAGGCCGUGGGUCAGACUGCUGGAGGGGAGUGGGACAGAUGCGGGGGUUCCGGGGACGCAGCCACGGGUCAGGCCACCUGGGGUGGGGUGGUGCCCUCCUGUGGAUGGAUGCUCAGGGCAGUGCGUUUGUGGGGGGAACAGAGGCUGCCAACCCCUGCGGUGGCCUUGGCACGGGCACCAGCCCAGGUCUAGCCUGAACCCCAUCUGUAAAUCCCAUGUGACGAGUGUGGCGGCUGGCCUGGGUCCACGCCUAGUCCGGAUGGUUCCAUGGCACUGCAGAGAGAGCCAGAGCUGCUGUGGGUUGAAGCACCAGGUCCUGGUGGCCCAAGGAGCGCUUGCCCCACAGGGAUGAGGCUGUGUGUCUGGCUGCCCACUCCUGGGGCUUCACAGCUGACUGGGCUCCUGCAGCUCCAGUAUCCACAGAGGCCUAUGGGCAGGGUGGGGGCAAAUGUCCAGGUGGCAGGACUGAUCCCAGCCCACAGCACAGCCCUUCUCUGGAGCCUGCCCAGGAAUGCUGGAGGGCUCUAGCCUAGCACAGGAGCUCAGGGUGGGGGUUUCCACCCAAAUAUCUUGCCAAGGACUAGGGAAAACACAGUGGGGAAACACAGUGGGGAGACCCAUGCUAACCUGACUGCUGCUCUUGGGGCAGGGCGGUUUUCUGGCCUCAUUGUCCCCAUCUGAUGACAGAAUGCUGGGGGCAAGGCCAAGGGCUCAGGUAGUUCCUGAGGAGGGUCCAGUGGAGACACAGAGGUGAGAAGGAGCUGCACACAGUGCAGGGGGCCUACCCACGUCCUUGUCUGUGGUCCAGCCAGGUAUGAACCCCACCCCAGGAGGCUGGGAGGAGCCAGGUGCUGCAGAGCAGAGCUCGCUGGACAGUGAGCAGGCCAGGCCAGGUAGAGGCCAUGGGUGCUGGUGCAGGCCAGGUCAGCAGGAAAGGCCCAGGAGCAGUUAGUAUUGUGCCGGCUCUCUCCCUCCCUCCCAUGUGUCCCAGUGGGGUGAUGAGGAAGAGGUCUGGGGGUCUGGGUGCUGGGCAGGAGAGCAAGGGCCACUUCUCGCACCUGCCUCCACACCCUCUGCCUGCCUCUCCCCACCUGACCCUGCAGACCAUACUGCCACCCCUCCUCUGCACCAAGAAGUACUCAAGGGGUGCUGGGCCAAGCCUCCAGGGGAGAGCCCUGCAGGGUGGGGGACCAGAGCAGCGGCCCCAUUACCUCACCCCGACUGGACAAUGGUGGUGGCCAACCUGCCCAUGCGCCCCAGAACAUAGAGGCCCUCAUCCCGCCUUUGACCCCAGAGGAAGCAGGCAGAGAGGUGACAAGGUUGCCUUCAGGCAGGCCAGACUCCCUGCAUCACCCCUGCCCCACGGUGCAAUCCCUUCUUCCACCAGCUGGGGCUCCUUGGAGGCCCAGGAGGAAAAGGUGGGCUUAGAAACUUAAGAGGACUCUGGCCUGUUAAGCAAUCAUGAGCUUAGGGUUGGGAAGGUUUAGAAGAGAAGUUGGAACCAGGGGCCUGAACUGUGGGGGCUGGAAUCAGGGCGACUGGCCUGUGCCUAGGUGGAGGGGAGCCGGGGGUGGGGUGGCUGAGAGCCGCCAGGCAGCAGGGGCCGACCCCUCGCCUGCCUGCAUCAGGACCGGACUGGGUGUGCCCGUGCGAAGGGUCUCUCCAGCAGAAAUAGGAACACUCAGCGAGGACAAGUGCCGAGGGUUGCUCAGUGCAGCCUAUUGCGGAGCCUCGUCUGGAAGCUCCGCGUGUCUGCAGGAGCAGCUGCCAAGGUGCGCCGUGGGCUGUGGGGCUGGCUCUGCGUGCUCAGGUGCCAUGGCCAAGUCUACGUGGAGUCCAGUGACGCCCA